UAGGCAGGCGCUAGCUGAUCAAACUGGCCAAGAUGAUGCCAUUGACGCCAUGCGACGCCAACGGCAACCGUUGGGAUCAGACCGCAGGUGGCUCACAAAGGUGUAUAUAAGACCCCUUCCCGUCCGUCGAUCGAGCCGUUCUAGAAUCCCAUCAUCACAACACAGAACAAACAAAACACUCAACAAUCAUCAACAACUCCCAAAAGAACCACUCAGUCAGUCAGACAUCAUCACAUCUAAACAACCAUCAACAUGUCCGGAAUGAUGAACAAGAUCAAGGAAGCCGUCAAGGGCGGCGGCCACCACCAGGAAGCCUCCGAGGGCAGCCACGGCCCGCACAACAGCCGCGUCGCUAACGCCGCCGACCCGCGCGUCGACUCUGACCGCGACCACUCUCGCACCAUGGGCACUGGCAUGGGCACCGGCCGCACCGCCGGCCACGGCGAGUACGGCAGCGGCACCGGCGGGUACGGCACCAGCACAGGCGCCUCUGAGGGCGCCUACGGCCCGCACAGCUCUCGCCUCGCCAACGCUGCAGACCCCCGGGUCGACUCUGACCGCGACAACUCACGCACCGUUGGCGGCAUAGGCAGCGGCACACACACCAGCCACACUACUGGUAGCGGCCCCAUGGGCAUGUUCGGCAGCACCGGUACGCAUGGCACCUCCGAGGGCGCCUACGGCCCGCACAGCUCGCGCAUGGCCAAUGCGGCUGACCCGCGCGUCGACUCUGACCGCGACAACUCACGGACUGUUGGCGGCACCGGGGCUGGUACUGGCUUCGGCACUGGCAGCACCGGCACUUCGUCAGGUUUCAGCGGGCUCGGCAGCAGCACGCACGGCACCCACACCGGCGGUACCUCAGGAUUUGGGAGCAGCACACAUGGUCACACCGGUGUCGGUUCUGGUGUGACGGGCAUGACAGGCACCCACGGCGCGACAGCGGGGACAUAUGGCCCGCACGGUUCGCGCAUGGCCAAUGCCGCUGAUCCUCGUGUUGAUUCCGACCGUGACGGCCGUGGCGCUUUGGGCACUGGCCCGGGCCCCGCGCCCAACACGGCCGGCCCGCACAAGAGCGACAUGGCCAACAAGAUGGACCCGCGCGUCGAUUCUGAUCUCGACGGGAGCAAGACCAUGGGCGGGAACAAGACGUAUCAGUAAAUCUGAUACCUUCAACCGGGACCCAACCGAUGCUGCACAGGUACCGCCUUCAGUUUUGAGACAACACCUUGGCGCC